AUGCAAUGUGGAUUCGCUUUUCUCGAAGCUGGAGCUGUUAGAAGUAAAAAUUGUACAAAUAUUCUAAUUAAAAAUGUUUUGGAUUCGCUUCUCGGAAUUCUUGGUUAUUGGGCAAUUGGAUGGGCUUUGGCAUAUGGACCUAAUUCAAACAAUUUUCUUGACCAUUUUUUCGGUUUUAGUCAAUUCUUUGUUAUUGGCCUACAAAAUUAUGCAAAAUUCUUUUUUCAAUUUGUUUUUGCUGCUACAGCUGCUAAAAUAAUUUCUGGGGCGGUCGCAGAAAGGGCAGAAUUUGCUUGUUUUUUAACCUACUCACUUUUAAUUACUUCAUUUUGUUACCCUAUACUAACACAUUGGGGAUGGACUCCAAAUGGAUGGAUGGCUAGAGGUUUUGACCCAAGCCUUGGACUUGAACAACAUUUAUUCGAAAAUAAUACUUUAAACAUUAAAGUCCGUUUCAAAAGUAUAGCGCCAGGGGUUUUUUAA